CGAGAAUUUCAUCAUUCUUUAGUGAACAAUCCGUGAGAAAAGUGCGUGCAAAAAUGUUGUUUCAAAAUUUUGGUCGAGGAGGAUUCCUCAAAGUGGCUACCUAUGCAGCUAUUACUUUUUCAGCGUACAUUUGUGUGGGAUUGAACAGAAGCUACACAGCAUUUUUGAAUCAUUAUUUAUCAGAACCUGAUUCAAUCAUAAAGAUUACAGAUGAGCAGAAAUCAUGGCUCGCCAGUUCAAUUGGUUACCUCUCUCCAGUAGGAAGCUUAUUUUCUGGCACUGUAAUGGAUUUUUUCGGACGAAAAGUAUUUCUUUCGAUGAUUUUCAUUCCAUUUGCUAUUUCCUGGUUGACCAUAUCUCUGGCUAAAAGUUACACGGUGCUUCUAUUGGGCAUGAUGUUGCAAGGCCUUGGAGGAGGAAUGUCAUCAUGUGUUUCGGUCUACAUCUCGGAAAUAUCCAGCAGGGAACACAGAGGAGCACUACUGGGCUUCAUAACCGUAGCUUACAACUGCGGUGUACUCAUAUGCAACUUACUCAACUAUAAUUUCAUGUGGAACGUAUCGUCAAUAGUAUGCUUAUGCAUAUCCAUUACAUUUAUGGCAGUGACAAUCACUUUUCUGCCAGAAUCGCCGGUUUGGUUGCACAGCAAAGGACGUACUGAAGAAGCCAUCGAAAUACUAUCCUCUCUCAGAGGCGCUGACAGAGAUAAACUCGAAUCCGAAAUAAAAGAUAUGGAAAAGCGUACUCGUGAACCAAUCAAGACCACCUUCAGUCAAACGUUUAAAAAUAUUCGAAAAGCAUGGAAACAGUUACUAGUUAUAACAGUCUUAUUCGUUCUAAUGCAACAUACCGGUUACUCAAUUAUGAUCGCGUAUACAUUAUUAGUCUUCGAUCGAUUGAAUUUACCAUUAGACAGCUCAAAGAUCACGGUGCUUUAUUCGACUUUUGGAUUCAUCAGUAGCUUUACGACACCUAUAUUCAUGCACAGAUUUGGUAGAAAAACUGUCCUAUCUGUGUCUUCUCUAGGUAUGGCGAUAGCUAUGGUCAUUGUAGGAGUUUACGAGGAAUUAUUUUAUUACGAGUCUACAAAAAUGUACGUUUGGAUCGUACCAAUCGCUUUUUACGUCUAUGUGUUCGCCUGUAAUACGGGUGUUUACCCUAUUGGAUUCAUUAUUGGAGGCGAAGUGUUCCCAACUGAAGUACGAGGCACGAUGAAUGGUAUUUACGGAGUAUUCUCAAGUAUAUAUUGGGUCAGUACAUUGAAGCUGUAUCCAAAAGUCAUGUUUUAUUUUGGAAUCAAAACAAUGAUAUGGUCUUUUGCUGUAUCGUCUUUCAUUUUGUGUUUGUAUGGAAAAUUCCUAUUACCGGAAACCAAAGGAAAAACUUUGAAUGAAAUUCAAGAACAGUAUUUCCAAAGGAAAAAACCCACGGGAAAAGACGUGCCUCAGUCUACAGCGUGAAUCUGCUCCUUGGACGAUGAGAGACAAUUUUUCUCAAAUCUUCAAUUCGUGAAUAACCCAAGGUGUUGAUGAGUGGCAGACUCACAAAAUGAUUAAAAUCGAAUUUGAAAUUUACAAUUUAAAAUUAUGAUUCAAUGUUCACAAUGUAUGUUUAUGAACUGUUCGAAAAAUUCGCUUCUUUCAAUUGAAACAGUCGAUUUUUUGUUCAGAGAUGAA